UUCAAUUCAUAAGAAUGAACAGAAAGAUGAACUUGCUGAAGUAGUAGUCAAAACAGCGUAUCAUUCUGAUGAAAUAUUUGAAACGGAUGAAGAUCUUGCAGAAUAUGAAAGAUCAAUUAAUAAAUGA